AUCCAAGCUGGGACAACUUGAAUCUCAACUGUUCGUGUAGUGUACGGGUACGAUAAUUACGCAGUCUUUCCGGUAGUACUAAGAAAUCGAGAGGCUCAAUAUCCAUCGCAUCUUUCCCUACCAUUAUAAUUCUUCUCUCUCGACUCUCCCCCGCAUCCACCAUCACCACACAACGAGCCAACAAGAUGCCGUCGCAAGCCGUCACCUACACCACCGCUGCCGUUGCGGCCGUCGCCACGGGUUUCCUCGCCUACGCCGUCUACUUCGACUACAAGAGGCGCAAUGACCCCGAGUUCAGGAGACAACUCAGGCGCAGCGCCAGGCGACAGGCUCGUCAGGAGAAAGAAUACGCCGAGUUGAGCCAGCAGGCCCAGAGACAACGAAUCAGGCAAAUGGUUGAUGAGGCCAAGGAGGAGGGCUUCCCUACCACUUCGGACGAGAAGGAGGCCUACUUCCUCGAGCAGGUCCAGGCUGGUGAGAUCUUGGGCCAGGAUCCCACCAAGGCCAUCGAUGCCUCCCUCGCUUUCUACAAGGCCCUCAAGGUCUACCCCACGCCCGGCGACCUUAUCAGCAUCUACGACAAGACCGUUGCCAAGCCCAUCCUCGACAUCCUCGCCGAGAUGAUCGCUUACGACCCCAGCCUCAAAAUUGGCACCAACUACACCGGCGGCGUCGACGUUGCCGAGCUCAUGCGCGAGAUGGCCUCCGCCCCCGGUGUUGGCCUCGACUAAACGAGUCCACCAAAUACAGCAAGAAGCAUAACGCUAGGGAGAGUGACAACAAUAGCCCACCUCCCAAGAAACGUCCGGGGGUGUCAGUUGACGUUGCGGUGGUUCCCCUCGCAGUCCCUCAAAGGGGUUAGGGGAAUUGGGUGGUUACGGUUGUUGGGAAAACGGCGCGUGACGCACCAUCGAUGGCUUUUGUGGACGAAAGGAAGAAAGCUAGGAAUAGUGGAAACAGGACGAGCAU